AUGGCUCAAAUAGCACCCAAUUCUCCAUUUGUCCCGACCUCCUGGGCCGCGUGGCUAGCCCAACGUCUGGAGAUGAACGAAGAAAGACUCCGGCAGUUGACUGCCAAGAUAGAGAAGAAAAAAGCCAGCAAUAAGCUGACUGUCCAACCUAUAUUUGGAGGCAAAGUCUUUCCGGAUUUCUUCUCUUCGGUAUUGUCCAGACAAUCGAUAUGGAGGCCUGGCGAGGUAGAACGGCCCGCUAGACCACAAGCUCCCUGGCCAGAUGAGGACGAACUGCAGCACGAGGGAUCUCAGAGAAGCAAGUCCGGUUACAGUCGCUUCCCACCUCUCCCCAGAGUUCCUGGGAAUAUAACAGUCAAUUGGAAGCAACGCGCACCAAUCGUGCCUUUCGAGUUCGAUGUAGUUGGCCGCCCAACUAUGGCAGACGACGAAGUGGCACCUGAAACUGACGAACGGAUGCGUUUUCUGAUUGGAAAUUCCUUUCUCCAGGAAUUGGAAACUUGA